CCUGCUAAGAGUUCUGCACGCAAGAUUUUAAGGCAAGGCCUAGCUAUGGCAGAAACAACUAUGAUAAUGGAUGAGACAGGAAGAGUUUACGUCCGCAGCUUGGACUCUGACUCUGACAACAAGGAGGAGUCAGUUGAUGGACCCCCACCAGAAGGUGGAACUGCUGGAGAUGCACAUUCUGUUUUAGAAAGUUCACCUGCAAAUAAAAAAUCAGGCAACAUGGACAGCAAAGAGCAGGCCACUGUGGCAGACAAGCAGAUAGGAGGUCCUAGUGACCAUGGCCUGGUCAAUGAUCUCCUACAGAAAGGUACUCCAAAGAAAGAUCAGUUGUUUCCCAUGAGGUCAGAGAUGGGGGAGAAGGACAGUAGACUUGUCGUCCGUUUGUCUCAUGGUCAAGUAGAGGCAGAGGCAACUGCAGAAGAUGAUGGUCAGUCCAACCUUCUUCAGGAGAACGGCAAAGGACACAUGACACAAAGCUCCAUUCCAAACUGUGAACAAUCCGGCACUGUGAUUCCCAUGAUGAAGAAGGAUGAUGCCCGGGGAAAGAACACUGAAAUAUGUUGCACAGAGAGCAUGGCACAAGCCGUUCACAAGGAUGCAUGCUCACCAAGUGUUAAUGUUAAAAGUGAUUUGGCCGAGCGCUGCCAAGAAACAUUAUCUUGUCUGGAAAAUGAGGCCCUUAAACAGAGACCUGAAUUGCUCACGGCUCCCGAACACACGAUUGCUGCACAGAGUCUCAUUGUGGUAAAACAUGACCAAACAACAGAUGACAGUAAAUCACCAUCUUUGAGACAACACGUCUUAGUGGAACAUGUCCAAAACACAGAAAGACAACAGGAAGACAAACAGAUCUUGCAGAGCGGCCAUGAAAAGAACAAAACGGUGCCUGUUGUUGAAGUCCCUGAUCAGCUUAAGAGGGCAGAGACGACGUCAACUCAUACUGGACAUCAACAGGUCAAUGACAACGUACCCCUGGAAUCCCAGGCCCACCAUAAGAAGGAUGUAGAUACAAAGGCAACGAAGACGGAGGACGCUUCAGAUGUCUCAGCCGAAAAGGACAAAAGUAUCAAUGAUGUCCCAAAUCAGAGACCUGAAUCGCUCAUUGCUCUUGAACAUGGGAUUACCGGACAGCACCCCACUGGGUUAAAACUGGACAAAGCAUCACGUGUUCUGUGA